AUUUGGGCCAUCAGUUGAGUUUCGUUCAGGUUGCCGGCAGCAUCAGUAGCACCACUAGCACCACUAGCACCACUAGCAUCACCAGCACCACCAGUAUCACCAUGAAGCUGUACGUUUGCGUUUCGCUGGCCCUUUUGGCCCUUUCGGCACCAGUUCCCUCCGAUGCCCUUUUGGGCGCCAAGUUGGCCCUGCUGAAGGCCAUUGGCGGCGGUCUGGGUGGCGGCAGCUCCGGCGGCGGUGGCUACUCCACUGGCAGCGGUGGCUAUGGAGGCGGCUAUGGCAGCGGUGGAUACUCCGGCGGCUACAAUCAGGGAUACUACAGCCAGCCCAGCCGCCCGGUCUACAGUUCCGGAUACGGUGGCUCCUCCUCCUCGUCCUCUUCAGCCAGCAGCAGCAGCAGCAGCUAUGGAGGCAACUAUGGCGGUGGUUAUGGCGGCGGUUACGGUGGCGGCGAGCAGGUCAUCAAGGUCAUCAAGGUGGUGGAGCAGCCCUCUUACUCCUACGGACGUUCGGCCGGCUAUGGUGGCAACUAUGGAGGAUACUCGUCCAGUGCCUCUUCCAGUGCCAGCGCCAGCUCCUACUCCGCUCCCGCUCCAGCUGUGAGCUACUCCGCUCCAGCUCCUGCCCCAGCUGUGACCUACUCUGCUCCAGCUCCCGCUGUUACCUACUCCGCUCCAGCUCCCGCUGUUACCUACUCCGCUCCAGCUCCUGCUGUGACCUACUCCGCUCCAGCUCCUGCGCCGGCGGUCACUUACUCUGCUCCAGCUCCCGUGGUGCGCGUUCAGGCUGCCCCAGCUGUGACCUACUCCGCCCCUGCUCCUGCUCCCGUGACCUACUCCGCUCCUGCUCCCGCUCCAGUGGUGCGUGUACAGGCUGCUCCCGCUGUUACCUACUCCGCUCCAGCUCCCGCUCCCGCUGUGACUUACUCCGCUCCUGCUCCAGCUCCAGCUCCAGUGGUGCGUUACUCAGCUCCAGCUCCAGCUCCAGCUGCCAUCAGCUACGCCCCCGCUCCCGUAUCCUACGCCCCGCAGCCACAGAGCCAACAGGUCGUGAAGACCAUCAAGCUGAUCGUCGAUGAGGAUCGUGCACCUGCCCAGGUGUACGGACCACCUGCCGUGGACUCCAGCUACUCCAGUGCCUCCUCCUCCGCUUCCGCUUCUGCUGGUGGCUACAACAGUGGCUACAACGGUGGCUACGACGGUGGCUUCAACGGUGGCUACAAUGGCGGUUCCAAUGGUGGAUUCUCUGGUGGCUUCAAUGGCGGCUGGAAGCGUGGCGGCAUCUUUGAGAAGCUGGUGGGCUGCUAGGCCAUGUAGCCAUUGAGUUAAGCUCAAGGACACUCAAGGACCCAAAAAUCUAUCCUAACCUAACCGUACUCAACUAUUUUUUUUCUAGUUCUAAAACGAAUAACUGUAUUUUUUUGUUCGAUCGAUGUGUACAUACAAAUAAAUCAAUAUACUCGAUACCUUCAUAUUCUUAUAUAA